AUGAAAAGCAUUUCAACUAUCGUGUUAUUGGUGUUUUUAUCUGCCACAUUUGUUUCAACUGUUCGCAUUGGCUCUUUCAAUUUACAUCAAUACGGAAAUGCAAAAGCAACAAAUGCUACAUUAACAGGUCUUAUAGUUGAUAUUCUUAAGGAUUUCGAUUUGGCUAUUAUUCAAGAAAUUACUGAUGUUACAGUACAAGCUCCAUAUGUUUUACAUGAAGCUUUGAAUAAAAAAUCAAAAUCACGACCAUAUUCAAUGACAUUAAGUCCACGGGUUGGACGUUCAACAUCAAAAGAACAAUAUAUUUUUUUCAAUCGUGAAUCAACAUCAGGUGUUAAACUUAUUAAUUAUUAUAUUUAUGAUGACAUUGGAGAUCGUUUUGAACGACCACCCUUCAUUGGUACAUUUCAAGUGACUAAAAAAGGUACAUCAGGCGUGACAUAUUUUACUAUAAUGAAUCUUCAUUCAAAACCUACUGCUGCUUAUCAAGAAUUACUUGACAUGCGUCUUGUUAUAAGAAAUUUUAUUCUUGAAAAUCCUCAAUACUUUAGUGAAACAUCCACAUCAUUAGCUACAGCUUUAGCUCAAAAUGUAAUAAAUGCAACAAGUACUAAUAAACCAAAUUUGAGAACAAAUCAUCCUAUAUUAAUUAUGGGUGAUUUAAAUGCAGACUGUUCGUAUAUUUCUCAGACACGCCAAAAAUCACUUCGUUCUGUUGAUUAUGCUGAUUUUGUAUGGAUGAUUAAUAAUGAAGUUAAAACAAAUACAAGACAAACAUGUACAUAUGAUCGUAUUCUUGUUAAUGGUGACAAGUUUGUUAGAGCUAUUAUACCACGGAGCAAUACAACAGUAAACUUUCAACAAGACUUUGGUAUGUCAUUAGACCAAGCACUUGAUAUUAGUGAUCAUUUUCCAGUUAAACUUGAUAUCAAAUGGUAA